UGCAGGAAGUAUUCUGAUUGCAAUGUGUAGUGUUAUGGAUGUUUUAGAUGUAGUUCGUAGACGAUGAGGUAUAUGAAAUGUUAGUUGACGAAAUAAUAUAUAUAGAGAAGUAAGUAGUGCCACAAAUUACAGUUGUAUAUUAAGAGUGAAAAUAAGGAAAAGUGUUUUCUACUGAUCGAUUUGGGCGUUUGAAACUGAAACUGAAAUGCCAUCUGCUUUUACUGGCAAGUGAUUUGGUGACGCCUGUUUUACUCCGAUUCGAUACUUUCACAUAUUACUGUUACCUUAGUAUUAGUAAUAGUAUUACCUUCAAAACUUGUAACUAACGUUAAUCAAAUUCGUAGUAUUUUUGUGUUUUCGGGUUGUUCAAGGUGCUUAGGAAAGUACACCUUCAGUGCGUACUUCUCGUUAUAUACACAAUUAAAUUCAUAUUAUCAGUUUUAAAAUUUUACUCAAGACGGUAACUUUUAAUUUGUUAAUUUAUAGAUUUUUGGUAUCGUGUUUCAUUCAUGAAAAUUGUAUGUGAAUCGGAAAGUGAUGAUGGAAAACUAUGCUUAUGUCGCAAAUGUGGCACCAAACGAUGACUACAUCAGAAUAUAAGAUGUGUUGAGGCAACAUUUAGACUACAAAUUUCACCCGCAAAGUACUGGAAGAAUACUGUUAUUUCAUAUAGUGUGCACUUCAUACUUGAGCCCAAAAACUUUGGGAAAAAAGGUGUGCACUAUAUGUAGAUAUUUAUGGAAAAACGUUGUCCUAAAGUGUAACCAUGGCUACAUCUCGUACUCCAAGGGUGAUCACUCCAGAUUAUUCCCCUAUUGAAGGUCUUGAUGAUGAACCAUCAGACAAAAAAGUUACAGAAACUGGAACUAGAUGGAAAAGGUUUCACCCACUUCGAGCUGUUCGCAGGAUUUUUAGAUGGAAGAUUAAGAGAGAUGAUGUAGAAGAAAGUCAUGGUCCUAAUAAAAAAUCUCAUUCUACUAGUGAAUUGCAAAACGUAGAGAUUGAGGACCAAAGAUAUAACAAACCAGCCACACCAUAUGCUUCAACAAUCAGUGUUUCUCAUGACAGUAUCUUUUCUCCAGACCAAAAUGAUGAAAUGGACUCUGGUAACCUCCAGGGAGCAUUUAGUUCUUCUUUGCCAUUACAUUCUUCUGGUUUAAAGGAUUUCAGUGAGGAGCUCUUCAACAGGGUUCGACAAAGACGAGAUUCAGAUGAUGAAGAUGUAGGCUUACCUCAUAGUCCUUGUACUAGUCCUACUACAGCUGAUAUAUUAGCUCAAGGGCUUAAGGACAAAACUUCCAAAUCCCAAAGUACCUGUAGUGCUGGCAGCUUGAUCAGCAUGGGCAGUUCAGAAAAUGAUGAGGAGUUUAGUGGACAAGCAUCCUCAAAUAGGGUGAAUAGAGCCUUGCUUAGACAUGGAGAAUUAGAUGGUAACACAGAUGUUACUCAACCAGUGCCUCUGAGUCACAAAGCUGCACAUCACAGAAUAUCUGUUAAACCUAAACGAACACAUGGUUUACCAAGGAAUCGUCAACGGCAGCAGCUUGCAGAGUCAAGAGUAGGAAGUCUUCCUUCUACUCCAGAAGUCUGUGAAGAACUCAGUCGACCUAUAUCUCCUAAAAAUAUCAUCUUGGAUGAAACUGAAGGACAAUUGGUGGAUUGUAGAAAAAAAUCUGCUUCAGAAAAUGUGACACCUCAUCAUACCUCUGAACCUAAGGAAACAUCUUCAAUUGAUACAAAAGAAAUUCAAAUUCAUUCUCAGGCACAAGAAUCCCACAGUAUGUUAGCAGUGCAAAAUGUUUCUUCUCUUCAAUCACCAGAAGAAAUUCCAUUUUUUAUAGAUUCUGGGAGCAUCACAGGUUCCACAGAAGGGAGUAAUAUUUCAUCUGUGAAUUUUUCAAAAUAUCUUCUUGAAAACGAAUUAAAGAACCAACCAGUCUCUUCCAGUACUUACAGCAUAACUCCUCUUCAGUAUGAAGAAUCAGUGGAAGAUGUAUCACAUCCUAGUAGAACCCAAACUUCUGAAGAAAAUUGUAGACUAACACCACACAAAGGAGUUAAUAUUGAUUCUGAUACAGUUGUUGAUUUUAAAAAUGAUGAAUAUUCUGUUAAAUCUCAUUCAUCAGUAUUUAAAGAACAUCAACAUAACAUGGUACUCCACAAAAUCAACUUGUCUCAUCUAGAGGAAAACAAAGAAGAAACGCAACUCCCCAAUAAACAACAAGAAUACCUUGAGAAGUCACAAGUAGAUGUGAUUGAAAAAACAGAGGAAACUUUGCUCUCCUCUUUUCAUUAUGAAGAAAAGAAAAACACAAAGCUUCCCAAUAGAACUAAACCUUUGACUUCACAUAAUAGAGAAGAGAGAAAGAACUAUUCACUCUCUCCUCAAGAAGAAAACAAAGAAAACUUUGAUUUUAAAUAUGAUUCAACAUCAUUAUUACAGAAAGAUAGCCAACAUUCGAAAUUAUACAAAUUGCCAUCUCUUAAAGGAAAAAAAAGAGAUGAACAAAUCUGUGGAAUGAAAUAUUUUGAUGAGUCAUGUCCAUUUACCUUAAAAGAUGUAAAGGGUGAAGACAUGACUGUUGGAACUCAUAUAUUGCAUGUAGAAAAAAAAGAUGCUAAUCUCUCUUUCCUAUCAUCCCCUCAAAAUGAAAACACAGAGAAAACAUUUUAUUCUUGUGAUCAAGUACCAUGUCUAGAGAGUAAAGAUGAACAUUUAUUGAAUUAUUCAGCAUCAAUGCUUGAAAAAGAAGCAGAGGUUAAUAAGUUAUCUGAUACUUCUCAAAAUAUAUGUGAGCCAAAUGUUUCAGAAACUAUUCAGUUAAGUGCUAAGAAUGAAAGAAAAAUUGAAGAUUUAGAGGACAGUAAACAUCAGAAACACAUAGAGAAAGCUGAAUGUCUCAGGAUGGCAACAGCAGAAUCCCGAAGCAAGUCAGCUGCAGCUGAAUUAAAACUGCAACAUGCCGUAGAAGAGUUCAAUAAAAAACAAGGACAGAAAAAUGACAAUUAUAUGGUAAAAGAAGGGCUGCAAACAACACAGUUAGAAGAAGUGAGUGUUAAGGAAAGCAUUACAUCACUGCUUGCACAGCAGAAAAAUCAAGGAAAUGAUCCAGACAUGAAACAGCAAAGUAAGAGAGCUUUGAAUGAGAAGAAAGAAAAAAAUGUAGCUUCUAUACAAGAGCAGGUACAAAACAUUGAAGUCUCUGAUUUUCAAAAUCAGCAGCAGAUGAGACAUUCUUUAAAGGAAAAGAAAACAAUGUGGAAUAAUUACCCAUCAGAACCUUACUCUGAUUAUUUAGGUACAGAAAGAAUACAAGUGAAAAAUAAGCAAACAGAUAUUGCAAACCUUGAACCUAAAAAAGAUAACUUAAAGGAUAAAUAUAAGAUGCCAUCACCAAGUUCAGUUAACUUGAAGCAGAAGGAACUUCAAAGUGACUGCAUCAAAAGUGAGCAAAAAACUAUUUUAAGAGGUGCUAAAAAAGAAAUCCAAAAAUAUCCAGAAGGAGAAUAUAUUACACCUCAAACAAGUUGUUCAGCAUCACCAAUUAAAAUUAGCUGUGUUACAGAUAAUGCUAAUGACAAAGAAAAAGUAAGCAUCCAUAUAUAUACAGACAAAGAAAAUGAACACAAAAGUAAAAACUAUCUGUAUGAAAAUCAAGAAAUGAAAGUAUCAGAUUUGACAGGUUUUAGCACUGAUGGAGUUCAACUACGUCUUGGUCAAUGUGAAGGCAAGUUAAAAAGAGAAUCUGUAAACUUAAAAUCUUUUGAAGAUGUAAUGAAACAAAGAAGGUCUUUAACUGACAGCAGUCUGAACAAUGAGUUGAGUGAAAACUACAGGUCAUCAGAAGGAGUAAAAAAAUUAUAUCAGCGGGCAGCAUCUGAAAUUGCACCAGAUACAGAGAAACAAGUUUCUCAGAAACGUUUGUCUGUUGAAAUAAUUCCAUUUAAUCAAAGAAAUCAAAAUCUACCAUUAUCUUCUGCUAUAAAAGCAGAAAUAUACUUGGAAAAGGUAUCUAUAGAAUCUUCAAAUUCUGUCCACUCUGAUACCAGUACAUCAGAUUUAUCAGCUAUUGACAGGAACAUUUUAGUAGAAGACCCAGUGUCUUCAGUUCAUAAUCAGUUCAGUUCAGUUCCUCAGAAAACUGAGAGAGAGAGAAAUGAUGUAGUAAAAGAUAAUACACCCAAGACUGGAAAAACAGUAGAUAAUAAUAUUCUGACUCAUGACACUGAAAAAACUGGUGCAGAUGGUGUAAAAGAUAAUACUGUUAAAUUUAAUCAAAAAGUUUCUAAUAAUUCUUUGGCUAAAGAAACUGAGAAUAAUUCAGAUGGUGUGAAGCAUAACAUAGCAAAAUUUCAGAAAGUUGGUAUCGCAUAUCACUGUGAUAAAGAAAGAACUGUAAAGAAUGAAGAAAUUCAUGGUGAGGAAAGAAAUAAUGAACAUAAAGAACAACUAAUACCAUAUCCAGUGAAAAUCAAAGUUCAACGUAAUGAUUUGUCUAAAGAGAAUUGUAAAAAGGAUGCUUCAAAAGUGGAUGAAGUAAACAGGAGAAAAUCUCUGAAAGAAAAGGAAAUUAUUUCAGUAACUCAGCCUCUGUUUGAGGUUAGAUUUCAGCCAAGAGGUCAAAUGGAUGUGCCAAAAGAAGUAAUCAUGUUGGAUAGCAAUGUGAGUAAUGAGGGUUUGUCUAGGAGACAGUUUGAUGAUAAGGUGUUGCCAAAGGAUAAUAGUUUAAAAAGGAAUAAUUUACGACAACCAUCUGAACAAAAACUGGCCACAGAAUCAAAUGUAUCAGAAGAACCAAAAUCCAGUGCCGUGAAGAAUAACGAUAAACCUGAACUAUUUCAAGUAUUUGCACGGCGGUCUCUCAAACAAAGAGGAAAGGACAAAGGACCAUCUACUCAUUUCGUUGAGCCAAGUAUUAUUAGCGGUGAUGAUCAUAGCACAGUAAUUUGCAUUUCAGAGUCUACUUCCAGUGGUAUUUCAGAAGAGGCACCUAUAGACACCCAAGUCAAGCAUGUUCAUCUACCAGGGAAUAAACAAGAUGGGUCUCAAAAUCAAAACAUUACUGGAUCUGUUGGCAUGACAGACAUCCAAGUCAAACACAUGGAUAAAAAUGAAAAAAAUUAUAAAGUAAGAACAGACACCCAGAAACAUUUCUCUGGAUCAUUGACACAAAAUAUCUUGAAUACCACACAGUUUGAAGUGAAAGAAAAGUCUUAUUCUUGGUAUGGAACUCAGAAGCCAAAUCUGUUUGGGAUCACAGCUGACACUAAGAAGGUAAAAGAAGAGAUGAAGGGAAGCAAAAUUGAAACAAAGGCUAUAUCUCUUGAAGCUCAAACCCAGCAGCUUGAAUUAACCUCAAAUAAAUCUGUAUCAAAAUUUGUUGAUAGGAAACAAACCAUUCCCAGGUCUAUAGGUAUGGCUGACUAUGAGGCCAAACAAGUUGAGAUAACGGGCAAUAAAAGUGUAUCGAAAGGAAUCACUCAGAAACAAAAAUUCAUUGGAUCUCCUACUUCAGAAAGAGUUCAUCUUUUCCCUGUAAUAGGAGAAGACAGAAAAGGAUUGGGUUCUGGAGAUCAUCUGCAAACUUCUGUUGAAAGUCACACUGCGGGUUUUAAAGUGACAGAGCUAGGUACUACAUGUAGAGAUGGUGAAAAAGUUUCUCCAUCUUGGCGUCAAUUAGCUCAGCAGAGAAGAGAGCAACGAGAACAAAGAGAACAGGUGAUGUUGGGAUCCUCCACACAGCCUUUGGGAACAGAAAACUCCAAAACUCCACGAAACAGCAAAGUACUAGAUAUGGUCAGCAAUUUUCAGAAGAUGCAAACAUAAUGUUUUACUUCAAAAGAGGUCAUUAGAUAUGAUUGUAUUGUUGGUGAUCAUAAUAAAUUUUUGUUUUGUUUUAUGCAUCCUGAGAGAAUAUAAUAGCAACAAUCAUUCCUUGGAUGAAAAUCAAAGAAAGGGUUAAAAAUUAUUGAUAUAAAAUAACUUUUUCUAAAGAAAAACCCUAUUCAUGGAACCAAUUUGUAGUGUAGCUACAGUGCCAGAAGACAACAAAUGAAAAACUGAAAGCUAACAUAAUGAGUCUUUAAUUUAAAAAAAAAAAUAAUAUAACAUGCUGAAUGUAUUUGAAAAUGCAACACUUUCUUUAAUUGUACUUUUUAUUAACUUUGUGUUUUAGUACCCAGUAAACUUAUAAAGUUAAAUGGUGUGCAUUUCUUUACAAAUAUUCCAGUUGUGGUUGAUUUUGCUACAAAGGUUUCUGAGAAAGUACCAUAAAAACUUAAAUGAAUUGUUUUUACUCCCAAUUUAAAAAAAAAAUACUUU